AUGUUGAAUGUAUUGCAGUUUGAAAAUGUAUCCAAGAAAAUAAAAUUAAAAGAAGAUAACUUAUGUGAUGUAGUACAAAAGAAAAUAAUAAGAUAUACCGAUCUUCCGUUGAAGUCUUCAGACCUAAUUGAACAAGGAAAUAGUCAAAACACUUUAGAAAAUAAUUGUCCAACGGUAGUAGAGCCGUCUGAAGUUUCAACUUCUACUGAAGAUUAUGUGACAGCUACAGAUAGUACUUCUUACACUACUACCCCAACACAAGGUCCAUCAGUUACAAGUAGUUCAUUUGACAGUGAAUCUUCAAAAUACAGUUUGCCUCAUCCUAUUUUUGAUCAUGACAUGACGAUUGAUCCGACUGAUCCAAUUGAUGAAGAACUCGGAGAUGGUGAAGACUCAAGUGAUGAUGAAAGCAGUACGUCAGGAAGUUACAGCGUGAAGUGCAGUUUAGAGGAUAAUAAGAGUUCUGGGUCAUCAGACGAGAAUACAAGAAUAAGACCGAAAUCCAUCUUAAAAUUGGCUAAGUCCAUACCAAAAAGCAAAUUGAAGAAUUUAGAAGAAUCAAACAAGUUGAAUAAUCCAGAUCUAAUAUCAAGUAACCGUGUUACAGCCAAAUGCCAUACAGAUGAUACUAAUUCAAAUUUAAUUAAGAAAUUGAUGGGCAACGGUUUUGCGACUAAAAUAUCAUUACCUGUCUAUUCUUCUGAUGAGUCUUCGAAAGCUCCAGAGCGGCGCAGAAGGCCAAGUCCUAGACGAAAAAGUAUAGGAGCUGUAACAUUAAUUAACUCUAUUGAUAAGAAACCAUCGGUAGUAAAUAAACCAGAAAAACGAAGAGAAUCACUUCCUGAAAUUCUUAGAAAACCACAAAUAACUCUAGAUACUAUGGAAAAAUCAAAAACUGAAUUUAAUCUAGAAGACAAACCUAAAAGUUUAUCGCAAACAAACUCGUCUCAGAUUAAUUAUUUAUCUCAAAUUAAUAAUUUAAACUUGAAGACAGUGAGCGCAGAAUCUCUGCUCAUCAGCCCAGGAAGUGAUUCAGUUUUCUACAGUGAUCCGUGCAGUAGAAUAUCAUUGUCUAGAUGUACACGAUGUAAUACCGAAGUUGAUACAGAUUAUAUUAAUAAUUCAAAUGGCGAUGUCAUUAAUAUUGUUAAGCCACCCGAAGGUUUUGGGGAUUCUCCAGAAGAACCCCCCACAACACCUAUAAAACGAUCGACAAAACGAUAUCGCUCAGAAGAAAGAAGACGAAACACUAGGUCAGAACAAACUCGAGCUAAAUCUGAAGAAAGGGUAAAACAUAUAAAUGAAAAGGGGAGGCCAAUGGCCAGAUCAACCAAUGUAAGCAUGGAAAGAUUAAAUGGAAGUAGUUCUAGCCUUCAUUCAGACGAUGAUGAUUGGUCAGGAAUCUAUACAACACCGUUUACGUCUUUUUCAUGGGUAUACAUAGAUGAAAUAGAAGAGUUCUAUGUAUGGAAAAAGACUUCGGAUUUGCCAGAUAUUAAAUGUUCACCCGAGUUAAAACGAAGAGAUUCCAUUGAAUCCACGUGUUCAGAACACGAGUUUCGGGUAAAAUAUCAAACAAUCACGCACAGAAUGGUACAUAGAAAAUCGAGUUUAGAAAUGUUCAAACGAAUCGCUUCAAAAUCUUUUGAUAGCGACGAGCGUUUAAUGGUAAAACGUGAAUCUGGAGAAUUCGGUUUUCGUAUUCAUGGGGCUAAACCGGUCGUAGUGUCUGCAAUUGAAACGGGAACGGCUGCAGAAAACUCUGGUCUCCAAGUGGGAGACAUAAUUAUCAGCAUCAAUGACAUGUGUGUACUCGACGCGUCACACUCGGAAUUUGUAAAUGUUGCACAUUGUGGUUCUGACGUCUUGGAAUUGGAAGUCGCCAGGACCUGUGAUAUCUUAACGCCAGUGAUCAAUCCAUCCGAAAUCGAAAACCGCAUCGUUAUAGCCAGUAAACUGUGGAAAUUUAGCAUUGGAACGAAAAAAAUGAAAAACUGUUGGCAGCCUAGAUAUUUUUGUCUCAAGACAGACAAUUGUCUCUACUACUAUAAAUCUGCGUCUUUGAAGCGAGUACGACAGACACAUCCACUAGGAGCACUUAAUCUUAAAGGUUUCACUGUAAUGCAGACAUCGGACACGGGAAGGAUGUACAGCUUCCGACUGGAAAGAAAGGACCACAAGAAAACAAGGUUACACAUAGCAGCGAACAGUGCAGAAAACGCGGAUCGCUGGAUCGGAGCCCUAAACGAAGCUACCAAAUGUGCAUCGAUGGAAUGGCUCAACGAGGACAACUUAAAAUCUGUGGUCACCAUCGAUCCGCAAUCGGACUGCCAGGGUUUUCUCUCCACGUUGGUUCACCACUGUGGAAAAUCGUGGAAAAAAUAUUACUGCGUUCUUAAAGGUGCUAGGCUGUAUUUUUUCGUAGACAGCGUAACCCGAUUUGCCAACGGAAUGGCUUGUCUCCACGGUUACAAAGUGCAAAGUUCCGUUAACGCUAGCGUAAGGAAAUUUGCGUUCGACCUUAUACCGCCCGACCUGUCAUUUCGAUAUUUUUAUUUUUAUACGGACACCGAAGUAGACAAAAGAAGAUGGAUAGCUGCUCUAGAGUAUAGCAUAGACCGUUGGAUAAACGUUUCAUGAUAAUAAUAAUAUUGAGUUCAACAAGUUUUUGUCAGAUCAAUUCCAAUAAUGGCAGAAAUAUGAAGCUAGCUUGUGAUAUCAUUCUUACAUUUAUAUUUGGACCAUUACAACAUAAACAGCGUAAAAAGAUUUACUUUUAAAUAUUUCAAUAUAUUUAAAUUGAUAUAUUCAUUAUUUUUAGUUUAAGAUUAAUAAACAUAUUAUUUUAUCUAUACAUUAAAAUUAUAUUUACAUAGAUAGACCAACUGUUACCUAUUAAAAUAAGU